UCUGUAGAAAUCCAUUUAGCUUAAUGUUACAGGCUACGUGCUUUCGAUUGACUUUUUACCUGCACUCCUUCUCAGCUGCAGCCCCCUGAUGUGCAGGCUGUAGUAUUGUCAGGUUUUUGCAAGGAACAUAAUGAGACCCUGGAUUUCAGAUUUAGUAUAAUGCUUAAUGUUGCCAGCAGUGGCCGUAAGCUACAUUACUGAGAUCGAUGCUCAUGAAAUUAUACUUUUUCUUACCUUCAGAUGCUCAUGAGCUCAUCUUGGACCCCAACACAGCUCAUAAGAACCUCUGCCUGUCUGAAGAGAACAGGAAGGUGACCUGGGGGGAAGAGAAGCAGUCAUAUCGCCGUCACCCAGAGAGGUUUGAUCAGUGCCCACAAGUGCUGUGUGAGCAGAGUCUGGAUGGGUGCUGCUACUGGGAGGUUGAAGUGACGGAGCCCUUCAACAUUGGGGUAACAUACAAACCCACUCGCAGGAGCGGGGAUGUGGACGAUUGCAAACUGGGAUGCAACGACAAGUCUUGGAGUCUGAUUUGCUCCGAUGAGGGUUGUUACACUCUGCACUGCAGCCAGAGAGUCAAUGUAUCCUCCCUCUGCCAGCGCUCCAGUCGGGUGGGAGUGUAUCUGGAUUGGCCGGCUGGAAGUCUGUCCUUCUACAGAGUUCUCUCCAGCAAUUGGGUUCACCUCCAUACCUUCAGAACGACGUUCAGUGAGCCCCUCUAUCCCGCUGUCGAACUUCGCACUCAUUCUUCUGCAUUAUUUUGUUAGCCACUGUGAUUAAGCUCUGACUUUGCUCAUGUGCAAACAAAGUACGUUUGGGCCUCUUGUCUAAACAGCGUUUUACGUGUGUCUUAAACUGAGAUUUUUUACAAAUGCCUUCCAAAGUACAGAUUUUCAAAAAUGGUUGGCUCAUUGUUGGUUUGUUUGUGUCAUAGGUUUAAUUACAAGUUAGCAGCUAUAUUUAGCAUCACGGCACCACAUUACCAUUGAUUCACAGGCAUCUGCCUCGCUCAAUGUUACUCUGAUCACAGCUUUCUUAUAUAGCUUCUGACAGAUUGUCAAAAUUGUACUUAGUUGAUUCUUGUAGUUGUGGGUUUGUACCCUCAUGGGUGAAUCCACUUAUUGUAAGUCACUCUGGCUAAAAGCUUCAGCUAAAUGUAAUGUAAUGUAAAGAGCAUUAAUGUCGACCUGAUCGCCACCUACUGGCCCAGAGGCUUGUUUGAGCAUUUGUAUUGUAAGUAUGCUGAUAUUUGCAAAUUAGUGGGGUGAGGAUUCUGUAUAACUACUGAAAUGUGUAUCUUGUUUCUGUUUUGUAUUUUAUAACCAGUAGUUAUAAUAUUCCAUCAAUUCAUUGACCUUCCAUUAAGCUACAAAAUGUUUAUUCUAAUCAAUGCUGCAAAUACGCUUAUCUUUCUGAUGUUCUC